GAGUGGAUGCGGCGCAGCGUGGCGGCCGGAGGCGGCAGUGGCAGCGGUAAGACUCGGACCAAGGACAAGUACCGCGUGGUCUACACUGACCACCAACGCCUGGAGCUGGAGAAGGAGUUUCAUUACAGCCGUUACAUCACAAUCCGGCGGAAAUCAGAGCUGGCUGCCAAUCUGGGGCUCACUGAACGGCAGGUGAAGAUCUGGUUCCAAAACCGGCGGGCAAAGGAGCGCAAAGUGAACAAGAAGAAACAGCAGCAGCAACAGCCCCCACAGCCACCGACAGCCCACGACAUUACUGCCACCCCAGCCGGGCCGUCCCUGGGGGGCCUGUGCCCCAGCAACACUAGCCUCCUGGCCACCUCCUCCCCAAUGCCUGUCAAAGAGGAGUUUCUGCCAUAGCCCCAUGCCCAGCCUGUGCGCCGGGAGACCUGGGGACUUGGGGGCUGGGAGUGUGGUUCCUGUGGGCCCAGGAGGUCUGGGCUGAGUCAGCCCUGAUGUUCUGGGACAUGGUGGACAGUCAUCUACCCCCCUCUGCAUCCCCUUGGCCCAUCUGUGCAGUAAGCCUGUUGGAUAAAGACCUUCCAGCUCCUGUGUUCUAGACCUCUGAGGGAUAAGAGGGUCCAGGGUGGAUGAUCUCAACCGCCCAUGGGCAUCUCAAGCCCCAAAUUGUUGGGGGAGGGGCCUAGACAAGGCUUCAGGCCCUACCUCCUCCUCCAUACGUUCAGAGAUGCAGCUGGAGGCUCCUGUGGGGACCAGACUGAUCCUGGAGAAAAGGGAUGGAGCUAAAAAAGAUGAAUGCUUGCAGAGCAUGACAUGAGGAGGGAGGAAUGUGGUCACCUCACACCUGCCUCUCCCUGCAGCCUCACCUCUACCUGCCCCCAUCAUAAGGGCGCUGAGCCCUCCCCAGGCUGGAUGCUAAGCACAAAACCCAUAGCACUGGGCUCUGAUGACUGCUCCACUGGGUUGCAGAAUCACAACCCUCAUGAUCAUUCUCAGUGAGGCCUCUGGAUUGAGAGGGAGGCCCUGGGAGGAAAGAAGGGGGCAGAGUCUACCCUACCUGGUUUCUACACCCCCACCAGGCUGUCCAUCAGGGCCCAGGGAGCCCCCAGAGGACUUUUUCCAGACCAAGCAGAGCUCACAGCUGGACAGGUGUUGUAUAUAGAGUGGAAUCUCUUGGAUGCAGCUUCAAGAAUAAAUUUUUCUUCUCUUUUCAAAAAUGUAUAAAAAUCAUUAUACAUAGCAUUAAAGAAACAUUUUUGAGAAGUA